CUGGGGCAGACCUGAUGCCACGAAUUUAUCAAAUCAGCUUGAUGCUAAGAUCGAUGAGCGACGGGGAGAUCAGCAUAAAUUUGCCUGCUUCGUCUUCACAUUGGGCUCAGGUGAGCAGCCGAGGCAAAUCGGGUCGGUGUACUCGUGGGUGGAGCCGGAGGAAAUGCACGAAUCUGUCCUUGUCUGUGGUAGCCUUCAUUGGUAUCGGGAGGAGCUGGGGAGCGAAAGUAACAUGAUAUUGGUGUUUGACACCACAGGCGAGGUGUUCUGGCAGAUGUGUGCUCCGGUUGUUUCUAGCAGUACAAGACUGUUUGAGAUGGAUGGCACACUCGGCAUGUCCACGGUAAAUGAUGAAGCGAAAAUUGUUGAUAUCUGGGUGAUGAAGGACUAUGAAAGCGAGGUAUGGGCCCUCAAGUGCCGGGUUGAAUUGCCUGUUGCGGAGAUCAGGUUGCAGUUUGGGACCUAUGGAAAUUUUUGGACAGCGAUGGUAGAUUUUUGGAAUCUGAUUGUCGUGUCUGUGGAUGGUGAGCUGCUUGUGCUCCUAGCAUAUGAUGACUGGCUACUUCUGGUUGACAUGGAUGGCAAGUUGGUUGACAGUUCCCGUAAGGAAAUGUGUGCACCGGCUGUUCCUACAAUUGCUCACCUGUUUGAGAUGGAUGGCAUGCCUGGCAUGUCCAGCGUCAAUGAUGAAGUGACAAUUGUUGAUAUCUGGGUGAUGAAGGACUAUGAAAGCAAGAUGUGGCCUUCAGCUGAGUCGUUCCGACAGAUGUGUGUCCCUGCUGUUCUUGACUUCACUCAGCUGUUUGAGAUGGAUGGCAUGCUAGGCAUGUCCAGUGUCAAUGAUGAAAGUACAAUUGUUGAUAUCUGGGUGAUGAAGGACUACGAACGCGAGGUAUGGACCUUCAGGUGCCGGGUCGAAUUGCCGGUUGCGGAGAUCAGGGUGCAGUUUGGAAAGUAUGAAUGUCCCUGGGACUGGCAUGUGGAGGUCAUGCCUCACGGUGAGCUGUUCCUGCUGGUCGAGAAUGGCGACUGGCUACUUCAGGUUGACAUGGAUAGCAAGUUGGUUGAUAGUUUCCAACUUAAACGCCUCGGUCUUGCUGAAUUUCGGCACAAGCAGACUCUCGUUCAGCAUGCCUUCUUUCCGACACUAGAGGGUUACGUGGUGAACGCUUUGCCUUUCAUCUUAUGGCUGUCCAGUGAGGUGCUGCUUCUUAACAGCCUAGUUGUACGUAUCCUCAUGAGCUGCAAUAUUCAGGUUUUCUUCAUGAAGCCAUUGUAUCUGGUUAAUUAUGGAGACAAGUAAGCAAAGAACGAUCUCCUUCUUGGAACACUGGUCAUUCUGUUUUACAAACCUGACGUGAAGGCCCUCUUCGUGCUUCGGCGUUUUUUCGUUGCCCUGUAUGGAAGUCUCCAUCAUUUCACUUUGGGUUCCAAAAACAAUCUGAAGGAAUGCUUCAUAUAUGUAACCAUGAUAUGAUCAGGCUCAGGUCCCGCAUUGUGUUGUUCCUCUUUGUGAUGCAUCUCCAUUUCCAUCUGCAAGUGUCGCUAGACCAUUUGGGUUACCUGUGGCUCAAGCAGAGGCCAAUUAUGUGUUGUAGAAGUUGCAAUGGAGUCGCUAUGAUUCUGGAUGUAUUACGUGCCAUUGGUUGCUGGAUCACUCGGUACUGCAUAAGCCGAUAAGCAUGCAUUGAUCAGGUGCUCUCAAGUUCUGGGUACUCACCGCCACUAUUUAUGUGUUUUUAGUUGUUUUGCUUCUUGUAUCUGUUGGGUUGGAGGGAAAGCUGUGUGUUUGCUAUGAACAUUUUCUUUCUGUAAGCAGAGAUUUUAUUAAUGGACGAUUUUUUUUUUGAGAAUA